GCGCAUUAUACCGUACCACGUCGAAGGAGGGUCGAUUCUCCCAUUCAUAGUCACACGGAGGGGGCGUGUCGGGAGAUAGCAGAUGCCUCCCUCUGAUUCGCCACUUACGUAGUGUGGCUGGCUGUGGCCGCUGGACGUGUGAUAAAGCCUGAGGCACCGCCAUGGUAAAGAAGCGAGGGAAGAACCUCCCUGCCCAGGACUCUCUCGAUGCAGAGCCAGUGUGCAAGCACCUCCGCAAGGCACUGGAUGAAGGGAGUGUGAAAAAGGCACUGGUGAAUGUGGAAUGGACAGUGUGCCAAGAAUGCCAGGCAGACAACAAGGAGAAGAAUAACUCAGAUGAUGAGUUGGUUGAAGACCCUUCUGUCUGGCUGUGUUUAAAAUGUGGCCAUCGGGGCUGCGGCAGAAAUUCUGCGUCACAGCAUGCACUGAACCAUUACAACACCCCCAGGUCAGAACCACACUGCCUGGUUCUUAGCGUGGAUAUGUGGAGUGCAUGGUGCUACUUAUGCGACAACGAGGUCCCCUAUAACCGCUCUAGUCGGUUAGGCCAGCUGGUGGAUUAUUUGCAAAGAAAAGCCAAGGCAAAAAGCAAAAGUACAGAUUCAGCUGCCUUGGAUGAAGAAGUUAAAGCUGAAAUCGUGGCUGAGAAUGAAGUCAAGAUUGAGGAUCAGGAGGAGAAGCCCAAGGGGCAAGCCAAAUGGGACAAAGCCAGUAGUACCCAGAAUAACAGUACUGAGCCUACUGUCAAGGGCCUCAGUAACUUGGGGAACACGUGUUUUUUCAAUGCGGUGAUGCAGAACCUAUCCCAGACACCUGCUGUAAGGGAACUUCUAAAUGAGGCAAAAACAUUAAAGAAACCAGUGACUGUUCCACUGCCGGAUUCAUCAUCUCCUACCAAUGUAGAGGUACAUCUAGAGCAGCAGCCAGGACCCCUGACCUUGGCAAUGUGGCAAUUCCUGACUGAAAUGCAGGAGACAAAAAAAGGAGUUGUCACCCCAAAGGAGGUCUUUUCUCAGGUCUGUAAAAAAGCAAUACGGUUUAAAGGCUACCAGCAACAAGACAGCCAGGAAUUGCUUCGCUACUUGUUGGAUGGGAUGAGAGGAGAGGAAAUCCAGAGAGUAUCUCUGGCAAUGUCCAAGUCACUACAGAACACUUUAGAUGAAGAAGAAAUUAAAAAGAUAGUGAAAGAUAGUGAAAAGCGCAGAACGAUUCCAAACUUUGUGGAUCAUUUGUUUGGGGGAGAGCUAACGAGCACAAUCAUGUGCGAAGAAUGCCACACGGUGUCGCUGGUCCAUGAACCAUUCCUUGACCUCUCUCUGCCGGUAUUGGAUGAUGUGAUUGUAAAGAAAAAUAGUCAGAAGUCAUCAGCACCGGCUCCAGAGAGGAAAGAGGAGGAAGAAAAUGAUGACGGCUACAUCAAAGAGAGGGACGAAGCAUCACCUGGGGCAAGCAAGCACCUACAGAAGAAAGCAAAGAAGGCGGCUAAAAAGCAAGCCAAGAAUCAGCGCAGGCAGCUGAAAAUGCAAGGAAAGACAGUGCUGCUCACUGAUGUGGCCAAGCAAGAAUGUUCCGAGGACGAGGAGGAGAUUGCUCCAAACAAUACCGAGUCAGAGGCCAACACCAGGCCAGACGAUGAGGUGCCCAUUGCUGAUGGCUUAAACACCAUGAAAUCUGAUUUGUCUGCUCUGGAAAAUGGCAGUGAGACUAUUGAAAGUGCCAUGGAAAGAGUCACAGAGGAUACGGACCUUGAUACUUCUGGGCAUAAUACGGAAAGUGUGGAAAUGAAUGCUAUGGAACUUGUGCGAAAUAUGGAAAACAACAAUAACAACAACACUGAUGUGAAUAAAACACUUGAGAGGACUGAGGGCAGUGGGGUAGACAGCAUGGAAGCCACGGCUGCUGUGGACAAUGGAAAUGCUGAUACGGUGUGUGUGGAUGAUACAGAGGCUGCCAAUGGUUUGUUGGAUUGUUCCGCUGCCAGUAUGGAUAAUGAACUAACCAACUCUUUAAACAGACUCAAGCUCAGCUCCGACAUAGAACCCACCCAGGUAGAGAUAGAGAUAUUACCUGACCAACAGCAGCCCCACACGCAGAUCUACGAGGUGAUAAAUGAAGACCCCAAAACGGCAUUCAGUACCCUCUCCGAAAGGAAGGAUCUGCCGCUGGAUGGGUACUCUGUGCUCAGUUGCCUCUAUCAGUUCACUCACAAAGAGACCCUCACUGGGAACAACAAACUGCUCUGCAACGUCUGCACCAGGAAACAGGCCAGCAGGCUGAAUAACAGCAAUAAAGGGGAAAAGACGUUUGUUUACACCAAUGCCAAGAAGCAGAUGUUGGUGUCGGACCCUUCUCCCAUCCUCACUCUCCAUUUGAAGAGAUUCCAGCAGAAUGGAUUUAACCUACGGAAGAUUAACAGGCAUAUAAAGUUUCCUGAGGUGUUAGACUUGGCUCCAUUCUGUACCUCAAAAUGUAAGAACAUCCCUGCUGGAGAGUCGCGGCUACUGUACUCCCUGUAUGGCGUUAUUGAGCACAGCGGCAGCAUGAGGUCCGGCCAUUACACAGCGUUCGUCAAACUGCGCAGACCCAACCAGCAGCUCUGUGAGAUGGUACUCAAAGGAGUCAUUCCAGAAGUCUCAGGAAGUGAACCCGGGCAGGGCAGCUGGUACCAUAUUAGUGACAGCCAUGUUCAGGCAGUGUCCCUUUCCAGAGUGCUGAGCUCCCAGGCCUACCUGCUCUUCUAUGAGCGAAUGCUGUAAUCUCCAGCAGCAGUCUCUGCCCCCCCCCGGGGCGCUGCCGAAUAACCAAGGAAAUAUUUAUUCAAAGUGGACUACUGACAUCUUAUUUUGGGUUCAAGAAGCUGAGCCAAGGCCGAGGCAACACCGGGAUAUAUAUAUAUUAUAUUAUACUGCAGCCAUGAAAAUGGGGCACCCUGCAGUCUGAGCGCAGUGUUAAUCAAAGGGCGGUGUUGUUCGAUGCAGUGUUGCAAGUUCAUGUGCCUCCAUAGCCUUCAAAGCCAAAAAAAAGCAAGAGUAUUUAUUAAUAUCCAUACCAGGAAGCUAACUAAAACUCAGGGGAUGGCUGACAAUGGAGCUCUGUACCAUAAGAAUAGGGUACACUGUCUCUUUAAGGACAAUAACCAGAAUGAGUCACUGACCAGUUCCCCUUUGCUUGCCAUGGCCCAGAGGGUGGGCUUCAUUUUAUAGGGCACCUAUCACCCCCAUAUUGUUUCCCCUGCAGGGGUGCGGACUCAAGUGUUGCCCUCACUCCAGUUGUGGGAAAUAGUAGUUCUUCUUGAAAAAAACAGCCCCAACAAGAUCCCUCCCGGUGAGGGUAGCCAAGCUAUUUUUUUCACGAAAAAACUAUUGUUUCCCCCAAUUAGAGUGUGGGCUCUAUCAGCCUGUAACAAUAUGGGUGAUAAAUGCUCUUUAAUGCAGUUGGGGAGUCUGAUAACACCUGUAGCCGUAACAUUAACCGAUGUUUUGGGGGCCUUCCUGCACCUACAAUAAUAUGCAAUAAAUGAUAUAUUUUAAAUGAA